AUGGGUAUUUACACAUCAUAUAAACGCCGAUUUCAAUUAAAAAAUGCAAAUAAAAUACGUCUUGAAAAACAGCAAAAGAAUUCUGAAACGACUUCCACCAAUAACGAAAACCAACAACGAGCUGAUUUAAUUUCAACAAUACAACGAUUAUCUGAAAAUGAAGUAUCAUUAGCAACCAGUCUUAUGUCAAAUAUGCGAUAUCCAAAAG